UUAACGUAGUUUGAUCUUUUGAUUGUGUACCAAAGUCGGAUCAUGGACAGUGAAGUACAGAGAGAUGGAAGAGUUCUCGAUCUCACAGAUGAUGCCUGGAGAGAAGACAGACUGCCAUAUGAGGAUGUGACGAUCCCACUGAGUGAACUUCCAGAAGCAGAACAAGACAACGGCGGAUCAACCGAGUCAGUCAAAGAACAAGAGAUGAAGUGGUCAGAUCUCGCCCUGCAAAGUUUGCAUGAAAACACCCCAAACAUCGGCAGUUAGAUGGGAAGGCUCUGUCCUCUCCAACUGAUCCUUCUGUGGGUGAUCUGAUCCAAGAUUUAUUUAUAAUAGAAAGAACUCGGACUCGUUUCUGAAAAUAUGACAUUAACUGUGCCACUGUGAUUUUCAUUAAAAGUGUUUCAUUGUUUUGAUAUCAAAAGAACUAAAUAAAAUGUUUAAAACUGAAGUGCAGUAGGCCUAUCAAUCCAUUUUAGUUGUGUGCUAGUUGUUUAAACUGCCAGACAUUUGGCUUUUUCCUCACAAUUUACAAAAUGUUCAAGGUUUCAGAUUAGUUAUCUAAAAUGCACAAUACUUCUUUCAGUUUUGUUAGUUGCCACCUACAAUUGAUCAAAAGUGACAGUAAAUAAAUUUAUGUUAGAAAAUAUUCUUAUUUCAAAUAAACACUGGUCUUUGAAUUUUC